AUGUCAGGACGAGGCGGAAGAGGUGGUGGCCGCGGUGGACGCGGAGGAGGAGCAUUCAACCCGCGGUCAGGCACUGUGACGAUCGCUGGCACAGAGCUGAACUGGGACCUGACAGGCCUCGACAUCCAGAAAGGCCCAGCCGAGCGCUUUCCUGACGCACCUCCGCCACAGGCACCCCCACCAACCGCCGGUGAAGUUGUCAUGGUCCAGCAUCAUCUAGCAGUACGCGACCGCAUCCAUGAAGGACCGUUCUACACGAUCCUGAAUGAUGGCAUGAAGAACGGCCUCAAGAGGAAAGCCAAUGAGCGUGCGCCUACCGAGGCCUCGCUCUUCAACCCCUUCACAGACAACCAGACAUACUCGGCAAAAUACCUGAAAGUGCGAAAAAGAUUACCAAAGUUGGAUGCGCGACCCUAUGUCACCGAUCUGUUCCCUGCCGAGUUACGGCCAGUGUUGGGCGGCGCCAAAGUAGAUGGAACAACUCCAAAGAAGCGCCGGACGCUCGGGGUCACCAAGAUCAACGCCGUCUCCCAGAUCGACCGCCUCAUCGAGUCCGAGGAGACUAGAACUAAAGAGGCAGAAGCUCGGGCAGAGGACGAGCUCGACGAAGAUGAAGAGGAGGAAGAGGAGGCAGCCAACGACGACAAGCCUGACGCGGUUGACGAAGAGGAUAACUGGUCUGCUGCAUCCACUGAUUCCGAGGAGUCGGAUGACGACUACAACGCAGAGCAGUACUUUGACAAUGGUGACGACGAUGACAUCGACGACGCGGAUCCGUACGAGAAUACGUAUGAGUAG